UCUAUCCGACCCGAUCCAGAUUCCCGUAUUCGAUUUUACAUCAACGAAGUCAUCACUAUCCUCAAGCGAACGAGUUGUCAUUGCUCUUCUACCGCAAAAGCGACGCUCGCAAAGUCCUGAACGAGGCUCCUUCUCCGCCAAGAGCGCAAUCCGACUUUCGACCCCAUUCAAGAUGUCGCACCAACCCAUGAGCAUGGAGGCCAUGCUCGACGAGGAGAGGAGAGAUGUUCUGGCCUUGCUCGAGGGCACCGCUGCUAGAUCCAACUGGAACACGGGCUCGCCCGUCUCUGCACGCUCGCCUUCGCCCUACACAUCGCCUCGCUCGCCCGUCAGAAGCAUGUUGGAUAUCGGCGCCGAUGGAGGUUCAAAGAGUCCGCGUCUUGGAAACGCCGUACCGGUGCGCAGCAUGUUGGAUAUCAGCGGUCCUCCGGCCCCCGUUCGGAGUAUGCUCGAUAUCAACACAUCGGCUCCAAAGCAGGCUGCCAGUGCCGGCCCCAGCUCUCCAGUCGAAUCUCGCGCACCUCAUCCGAGAACGUUUUCCGAUUCACACUCCCAAAAGCCCAGCUUUGGUCCGCGCGCCCCGAUCAAUCGGAUGGAUCCGACUGCGGACUACCAAUUCUCUGAUAUUUCUACUAACAAUAUCGGGACUGCUAUGCCGAAGCGCAACACCCAGGGAAAGGCGUUGGGCAUAAAGAAGCCGGGCGGCGGCGCUAUGGUUGAUGUCAUGCGCGGCAACGACAUUCCCGGCAUCAUCCUCCCCGGCGACAGGGCCCGCCACGGCUCCAUUGCUAGCAAUCCCGUCAUGGGUGCGAGAAGCUCAAGCAGAGGCCAGGGCAGCAAAUCAAAGUCCCCUCAUGGCAGACUGAGCAUGCGCUCCCGAUCGCCCAAUGUCAGCGGUCGGCUCCAGCAGAUUCCUGGAACCGCCAUCCUUGAUGAUGGUCGUGUGGUCGACAUUUCAACGGCAUACCGUAAACUAUCCGACGCAAAUCUGGCAUUUUCAGGCGGAGGCCUCUCCGGGCUGGCUGGACGGAAGAAGUCAAACGCAGACGAUGCCGGUCUUGGGCGUCUUACGAAGGACUAUCUCAGCCCUGACGGAGAGGAGCUCGAAGACAGCAGCGACGAAGACGCGCACAGUUAUUCUGAUGAAGAGAACGAGAGAGGACGUAAGAUGUCACCUCGAGAUGAAGAGAGCAAUGCCAAGUCCGGCACCUCGGUCGACAAAGGUGACCGCAAGACACUCAGUCUGCUUGCCGCGGCCGAGGAAGAGCGCCUGGCAGUCAGCUCUAAGCAACCUCAAUACAAAUACAAGUCAUUGUUAGACGAACCUUCCAUCACACUCACCAAACCAGGCGGCGAGAAGUCGAAACACAAAGCAGGCAUCCGUCCAACCACAGCAUUUGACAACGAGCCAGGAUCGGGAAUGGCGUCCGCUGUGAACUCGGACGACGAGGAGGAGCUCAACGACAUCAAGCGCGCACAGAGACUGGCCUUCUCACGGACAGAAACGCUCAACAACCCAGAGUUUUCACGAACUCUACGCAUCAUCAUGCGCGGCGAGUUUGAUCAGAUUCAAAGGUCGGCCGAAGAGGAGCAUCAUAGGUUGAGAAAAUACCUGGUGGCCACCGAUCUCAGCGAGGAGUCGACACACGCCCUGGAAUGGACUAUCGGCACCGUUCUGCGAGACGGCGAUACUCUCAUCUGUAUCUACUGCGUCGAUGAAGAGACUGGCAUUUACUCGACCGAGGGAAUAAUGGUCCCCGACGAACGUGCCGCGCAUCAGGAACAAGCAGCUGCUAUCAACGCCAUGUCCAGCGCCAAGUCACCGCCACCAGGCAUGACAAGCGCCCCGCCUUUCCCUCACCUCCCGCGAGCCUCGGCCUUGAACAAUAGCGACUCUUCUUCGCCGGCGCCGUCCAGUAGGGAACGCGGUCGCGCCGAGGAAGAGCGUCGUCGGGCGGUGAACGACAUCCAGGAGAGGGUUGAGCGGCUGUUGCGUAGGACUCGACUGCAAGUGCGAGUGAUCGUCGAGGUCAUUCACUGCAAGAACCCAAAGCAUCUCAUUACCGAGGUGAUUGACAUUGUCAGCCCUACGUUGGUAAUCCUGGGCAGCCGAGGCCGUAGCGCUCUCAAGGGGUUAGUUGUCAACUCCAUUCACCUCCACCGUUUGAAUCCCUGCUGACUGUUGAGUAGUGUGAUUCUUGGCUCAUUCUCCAACUAUCUUGUUACAAAGAGCUCGGUGCCUGUCAUGGUAGCGCGGAAGCGCCUUCGCAACAAGAGCAAGUAUAAGAGAGGCCCUCUCAAGCAGGUCAAUGACCUGAACAACCCGGGAGCCAAGAGCCUGGCCAACGCAAAGGUCGACUAGAAGGACCCCGCGCCGAGGCGUAGGCUGUC